AUGGAGGCGGAGGAUUCGGAGGAGGUAGUGGAGGCGGUGGUUUUGGAGGAGGCGGUGGUGGAUAUAGCGGUAGCAGCGGAGGUGGUGGAUUCGGAGGCGGUGGAUUUGGUGGUAGUGGAGGUGGAGGCCAUGGAGGCGGCGGAUUCGGAGGUGGUGGAUUUGGCGGAGGCAGCGGCGGCGGCGGCGGCGGUGGAUACGGCGGAGGCAGUGGAGGCGGAGGCGGUGGCAGUCUAUGAGGCAGGGAGUUCCAUUAUGCAUGAAAAUGUAGUCUUUAUCUGGGAACUACUCACGAACUUAGGGCAGAAGACGUCUAGCAAUGAUUCGGGAAGAGAUAAACUGACAGAGGAGAUGGCAGUGAAGCGUCCGCUGGUGAUGUUGGCGGCGAUGAUGGCCAUGGUCUAUAUGGCAGCAGCGGAUGGCCAUGGCGGUGGAGGAGGUGGAGGCGGUGGUGGAUAUGGUGGUAGCAGCGGAGGUGGUGGAUUCGGAGGCGGUGGAUUUGGAGGUACAGGCCAUGGAGGCGGUGGAUUUGGCGGAGGUAGCGGCGGCGGCGGUGGUGGAUAUGGCGGAGGCAGUGGAGGCGGAGGCGGUGGCAGUGUAGUUUCUGGAAUUCUUGUUGGCAGUGGAACUCUCUCGGGAGGAGGAGGCGGUGGAUUUGGAGGUAGUGGAGGUGGGGGCCAUGGAGGCAGCGGAGGCGGCGGCGGUGGAUAUGGCGGAGGCAGUGGAGGCGGAGGCGGCGGCAGUGUAGUUUCUGGAAUUCUUGUUGGCAGUGGAACUCUCUCGGGUGGAGGCGGCGGUGGCGGCGGCGGCGGCUACGGAGGUGGAAGCGGAGGCGGUUUUGGUGGAGGAAGCGGAGGCGGAUUUGGAGGGGGAAGUGGAGAGAAAGCGGGUUGA